AUGUCUCCAUCCCCCCAGUUCAUGGAAGGCCUUUGGGUGCGGAAAUCAUUCUCCGCAGCUGGCCAUACGUUACUAGUCUACGACCAUCUCCUAACUUUCGGAGAUGAAUUCGUCUACAUCUGGGACGCCCCUUGGACGGUUGUCAAAGUCUUGUUUCUUCUCAACCGGUAUGGUAACCUUAUUGGACAGACUGCCAUCCGGCUGGAAGAGGCUGGUCUCCUCGCACAUAAUUCUCAAAAAUUCUGCCAACGCUUCACAAUUUUCACCACUUGCUUUAUGUUUGUAUCCACUGAGUCGAUCCACAUCCUCGUGCUUGUGCGUGCAUGGGCUAUCUGGGGAACUCGGAAGCGCCUGACGAACAUCUUUACUUGGAGCUAUGUGGGCUACGUCCUUAUGCUGUUGAUCAGCUCAGUGCAUAGUUUGCACGCCAGAAAUAUUCAAUUUUUGUUCCUCGACGUGACUCAGGUUUGCGUGACGAUAAUGCCUAAAUAUGUGUGGCUGGUUUAUGUCGGAAGCUUUAUUCUCGACACAGUGCUCUUUAUCUUGACGAUGCGAAGUCUCCGGAGAUAUUCUAGGGAAUUUCAGCAACUCUACCCGUCCAGUCUCCUCCAUGUGCUCUUUCGGGACGCGAUCAUCUUUUUCAUCGCUAGUACCUUCAGUAAUGCAUUGACCAUCGCCUCUUGGACUGCAUUCUGGGACAACCCGAAAUAUUUCCUUGCUAAAGGGUUUGCGACUCCGCUACUUUCAGUAGCUGGUCAGCGCCUAGUCCUGAAUCUUCGAGGUCUUCAAACGCGUACCUACACAACUUGCGAUCUCAGUCGUGAAGUGGACCGGCAACUUCAAGCGUUUGUUGAAGUCAGUUCGCCAGGCCUGGAUGAAGUGAAAGAGUUGGAAGAUGUGCGGGUGUAGGGUGUUGUUUUGUACCAAAAUGCCUGGAAAUCGAUCGAACAUGACCUUGGUGCUCGUUUUUGUUUCCGGAAUUUUCUUUGCGUUUCCUAUGCUCCUUUUACAUAAGUAUCCGUAUAUAUUCAGUAUCAGGUGUAUGCCUCAAUCGCAGUGACUAUCUCCGACUGACUGUAUGUACUAGUAAUGUGUCAAUGUGUAGUUAGUGUGCCUUGUAAUUCUGCUGCAGUUCUACC